AUGGCUAGAAGUUUAGCCACACAAGGAUGGCCGCUCUUGAUUCGAAAUGCCAGGUCUACCUCGGAGCAGAUCGCCAACUUGAAAGGCCUUAAGAAUGAAAUCGUUGGACAUGCUUUAAAGAAAGAAAUGGUUGUAACCAUGGGCCUUGUGGAACCUGUCGUACGCCUAUGUUUCAAUAAGUCGGUUCCCAAAAAUCAGGACGGAAAGGCACACGACCAUAGUUAUGCGAUCCGACCAUCACAAGAAGAGGAGGAGGAAAUGCUUCGACUGCAAGCUCUUCAAGUCUUAGGAAGCCUUGCAUAUGGUGGUCCAGCUUUCCUUGCGCCAUUACACUAUGGCUCUGCGCUCCCAGCUAUCCUAUCGAACUUUUGCCCAUCGAAUAACCCACCACAAACAGUUCUCGCAGCACUUCGGGCCUUAACCAAUCUUGCAGAAUCUGCAAUGCUUGCCACAAGUGCACAUCCUAUCACCAUCAAAUCUCUGGCAGCAGCGUUAUUUACACGCCCGCAUCUUGCCUCGCUAACCCGCAUCAUUUCCCAAACAUCAUCAUCACACAUUAUACAAAAUCAGAUCUCGUUGGCGGCAUCACUUAUAGCUCGAAUAUGCUUGCAGGAGUCUCACCAACAAAGUCUAGCAACCUCCGGCGUUCUGGAUGCUUUGGCUGUGAAAUUAGCCAGCUUUGUUGUGGCUCAGGGACUGGUUAUUCCAGGUGCAGAUAUUAUUGCGCAUAGGGACGGACUACUGGAAUACUUCCCCCAAGCUUCGCCCUCAAACGUCAGUUUUCCGGCAAUUUUAGAGGCUCUAGCUAGUAUUGUAGCCGAAUCCAAGUUGAGAGCUUCACAACUACUUUAUCACCCAUCAAUUAUGGCCGUAUUCCCAUCGAUUCCAGCAGGGGAGGAACCGGUCCCGCAACACUCGAGGGCUGCUUGGAAUACGUUCAAUACAGCAUGUUUAGGCUCAAAGCAAGGCCAAUUGAAUGCUAUUGAUUACCUACUCCCGAUCAUUCCACAACAUCCAAUUAAGAGCGCACAGGCUUCCGCAUUUCCGCCACUUGGUUCAUCAAGCUCUCGGGAACCUCCCAAUGGUCGUGGAAAGUCUAGUUCUGCCUCCACAUGGGGCGGCGCCCCGGAUCGCAAUGGUUCGCCACCGGAAAGUCAAGUGGUUCCAGAUGAAUCUGAAACCCCCAUGGUUGCAUACUUGAUAUUUAUCAUGAGGUCACGACAAGGCAAGGAGAGACUUAUGGCUGCAUAUCUGCUAACAGUUCUGUUUCGAGCUGGUCUUAUCAACAAAGUCCGAGAACCGACAUUAGCUUUGUUAGUCGUGCCGCUUCUUGUGCAGAUGUUGAAUGAACAGUCCACUCCAGUGAGGUCUAAGGAUGCUUCUCAUGAUCAUGAAACGUUGAGAAUUGAGUGGUCAAUCACAGAAAUGGCUCCACGAAUAUUAUCCUUACUGAUUACGGAUAGCGAACAUCUCCAAAAGGCCACUUUUCAAAACAAAGCAAUGCCCAAGCUAUCUAAAUUGAUAAAAUUGGCUUAUGAGCCUGUACCAGACAGUGAAAAUGCCCAAUUCUGGUCACCUAUUCAGUCGAAUGAGACCGAGGAUUAUGUGGAACAAACCCCAUCCUCACGUCUUGGCGAUGCUGGUCAAUCUGCUCUCCUUGUCCACAAAAUAAAAGUAAGAGAAAGCGUGUUGAGAGCUAUAGCCUCUCUUGUUCCUUUCAAAGAAGAACACCGAAAGUCCGUCGUGGAUAAUGGUAUCAUUCCUUAUAUUGUCGAAUCGCUAAACCCUAGCCCCCAAAAACCAUCAACCAAAGUCAAUGAUAAAGGUGACAAAACAGAAAAGAAACCCGAAUCAGGCGACGUUGAGGGUAAGCAGGAUGGUUACGGGAUCAACCACGUGGGCGUCCUUAUCGCUGCUUGUACCGCUACCCGCGCCUUGGCAAGAUCGGUCUGUAUACUUCGGACUACCUUGAUUGAUAAUGGGGUGGUUGCACCAAUUUUUCCCCUUCUCACUCACUCAGAUGUCGAAGUCCAGAUUGCCGCUACAGCUGCAGUCUGCAAUCUUUUGACUGACGUUGCCCCAAUGAGAGAGAGUUUCAUGGAAUGUGGGGUACUUAGGAUCCUUUGUGAACAGGCGCACUCGACCAACGCAAAGCUUCGUCUGAAUGCUACCUGGGCACUCAAACACUUUGUUUGUGGUGUCGGCAAUGAGGCCAAAAGAAAGUGUUUAGAGGAGUUAGGUUCUGGGUGGUUAGACCACCUCAUUUGUAACGAUACAGAAGAUGAAGCACUUCUCAAAGAAAGCAGUUAUAGCACAGCCUCUGGGCAUGAUGAUGCUAUGGACGAAGAUGUGGAGAUGAGUCAGUUUGAAACACCAAUGAAUGGCUCAUUCCCAGCCCAUAGCAACUCCAGAUCUAGUAGUAGCAAUCGCAGCAAAAGCUUACAGCAAGCAGAAGCUAAACUUGCAGCUCUAAGGGAAGCUGAACUAAACCCUGCUAAAAAGGCCAGAAAAGACGAUCUUGCUGUUCAAGAACAAGGUCUGGAUUUCAUACGAAAUUUGAUUUCAAGUGCAGGAUCAGGUCAUGGUGGCACUGCAGAAAAUACUGAGAUGAUUGACUUUCUUUUCAAUUCUUUGGGUCAAGAUCGAGUUUUCGAUAUUCUGGCAUCCAAGCUUCGACCAAAGAUCAUCAAUAUUCCCUCCAACGCUAAUCGCCGAGAUUCUAAUGCACAAGAAAAGAAAGUCAUCACCCCCCAACCAGAGAUUAUUGUCGCUGUCGUUUAUAUUCUUGUUCAUAUGGCCGCCAGCAUCCCUCAGCAUCGUCAAAUCGUCAUCGCCCAAACUGAACUCCUUAAACUUCUCGUUCCUCACUUCACUAACAAAGCUUACGAAGUACGCGUCGCUUUGUGCUUUUUGGUCUCUAACCUUACCUGGGUAGAUGAUUCGAAUGAUGGACCUGCUUGCGCACAACGCGUACAUAACUUGAAACAACUUGGUAUCCUCGAAAAAAUUGAAAAUCUGGAACAUGAUCCAGAAUUGGAUGUGAGAGAAAGAGCUAAAGUUGCUCUUUGGCAGAUGAAAGCUCCAGUUUUCAGCUGA